UUGCAGCUAAGAACAUAUCAGCCACGUCGUUCACUGGUCGCUCUCGAGCUGCAUGUUCGUCUUGAGGAAUGCACAGAGCAAUAUCGGCAACUCGAAAAGGAGCGCAAAAAGACGGAGGCGGAAUUGGCGCGACAUAAUUUGGGCAAGAAAAUCUCAUCCACCAACAACAUGCCCAUCCCACGUCUUUGCCAGGCACCGUCAAAGAUCGAUCGAUUGAUCGUUGAUUUCUGCAGGGAGCACGCACGCGUUGUAACAUUACUUUCGAAGAUGGAACAGCUCCGAAAUGAGCCGCUACCACGUGCCGUCCAUGUGGCUUUACGUGAACUACAUGAUGCUGUUAAAGUGCUGCAGCAAUGCCGCUUCAAUGAACAAAUUGCGCUAGUGCGACAGCUAAGAGGCGAGGUAAUUCGACUGAAUGAUGAUCCAGAAUUGGGUGCGAUAGCAGCGGCACUAGCGGAUAUAUGCAAGAAGGUAGUGCGUGCACGUGCAGCAAAUUGGUGCUCGCUGAUGUGGACCAUCGGUACCGAUGCGGAGAUUGAGCAACAGAUCCAGCGUAUUCUUAGCGCCGAUUUUCAGAUUGCCCCUCCAGAAAUCAAGCACCGUCCAGUGUGA